AUGGCAGCAGCACCAACUCGAAUCGACUGGCAUCGCAGCCUCGCAGCCUCGCAGCCUCGCAGCCUCGCAGCCCCGCAGCCCCGCAGCCCCGCAGCUGCUCGACCCGCCGUCCAUGCACCCAGCCCUCGCAAGCACAGCAGCGCCUCCUUCGAGCCUUGCACUGCCAAAAGCAGCCAUACACCCAUCAGGCUGCUCUCAAUGAUCAUUGCUAUCCUCACCGGGGCCGGCCAAGGGAACGCGACUUUGCGGCGCGGAUGCGGGUGGGGAGGCGCUCGGCUGCGCAUCGCUCCGCAUUGCCUGCGUUUGCGUCGACUUUAG